GGUCAUCACCGACGAGCUGGUGCCUUUCGUGCUGCCUUCUUCUACUCCGGCCGGUGUUUCGUCGGUGGACUGCGUGGUGGGGCCACACCAGCUGACGGUGGGUACGCGCCGCUGUGCCCAGGCAGAGAAGUCGAACAGAGAGAGGCCUGGCGCAGCUCCAGCUAGGAGGGUCACCAUGCGGAGCACAUGUCCUCAUCUCCCAUGAAUUCACCCCCACACCAUGAAAUGUCGUUCAUUGAUGCCGACAAUAUACCUUUUGGCCGCAACCGACAUGUGAGUGGGCGUCGGCGCUCUCACGCACGGCUUCAGGAAGAGUUAGAGCGUUGCUCUUAGAAAGGUUGGCCAUGCAUAAGCCCCCCUCGACAGGGAAGAUUUUCUUAGGUAACUAACGGUGUGUGUCAAUUUGGCUCAUUUGUUAGUUGAGCAUGUCACAUGAAUAUCAUCCUUUUGAAAUUGUGUCUUUCAGUUAGACAUUCAAUAUCUAAGAGGUUGCAGCUCGGGGAGUGUGUGGUACACAUGUUGUCUACUUGGUAGUCAUGUACUCAAGUUUAAUCCCCUUGGAAAAAAUGUACUCUUGUUUAUUCAGGACACUGCAACAGAUAUGAGGAGGGCACAUGAGAGCAGGUGAUAGUGGAACAUGGCUCAGGAAUAGAUAAGUUAGGUGGUCAAGAGGGCCUUUGAGUGUAGAUGAAGAGUUCCCUUCCUUUUCUGCGUCCAUGUAUAAGUGUUGAAUCAUUGUGCUGAACUGAACAACCAUGUUGCUGAUUCUUUCGGUUAACUACAACGUUGCCGAAAUGAUGGUCUUACCGUGCUUGUUAGAACAAGCCAGGGGCAAUGAAGAAUAUGCCUGAGCAGCGAUUAAAAUUUCGGUUUUCUGUUCAAGUUGGUUCUAUAGUAGGUAUUAAGUAGCUCUAAAACAAAGGUAUUAAGUAGUGUGAACUGACAUGCUUAUUAGUGAAAGGCGCCAUUUGGUGGUAGAUUUGGAGUGUUGAAGUUACUAAUUAAAGUUCUCAGUUCUUCAGGGAAUGGGUUAAUGGUACUGUUUCCUUAGCUCUAUAUACUUGUUCUAUACUAGAGAUUGACACCUGGCCAUUGAUGACUCCAAGUUCAUCAUUCUCAGACAUCUGUGUGCGAUUUAGAUCCCGGAGUCUUUUUAGGGGAGAUCCUGAUGUAUUUUUUUUAUGAAGUCCCGAUGUACUUUGUUGAUGUAUUUAGUCCGAAUGUGCUUUCUCCAAAGAGUAUGAACUCAUUAUUUCUCCUUUCAGUUUUCAUAACUUCUUAUUUACGACGUGCAUAUGAUGAUGUUUCAAACAAGGAUAUUAUUGGGAAGGAUGGGUAUGUAUGAUCAGUAUCAGGAUUGGCACCUUGAUGUCGAUAACAUGACAUAUGAGAUACUGAGGGUUCAGCCCGAUGUGAAGAAGGUUUUCCUCCUGGUGCGAGCUGCUGAUACGUCGGCGGCGGAGGAGCGUGUCUUGAAUGAGGUUGUAGGGAACGAACUAUUUGGCACCCUGCGUGAAAAAUAUGGGUCCAGUUUCCAUAGUUUCACCAAAGAAAAGAUAUCACCUUUAGCCGGAGAUAUCAUCGAUGAGAAUUUAGGGCUUGAGAGCCCCAAAAUAUUGGAAUUGUCAGAGGAGAUUGACAUCAUCGUUAAUGGAGCUGCAACAACAAAUUUUUAUGAAAGAUAUGAUGUUGCCUUGGCAUCCAAUGUCUUGGGAACGAAAUACGUCUGCAAGUUUGCGAACAAGUGUCCUAAUCUGAAAAUGUUCCUUCAUGUCUCCACUGCUUAUGUAGCUCGUGAGCAACAAGGGCUUCUGUUGGAGAAACCAUUUCGGAUUGGUGAAAUGCUAAAACAAGGUUGCCAUUUGGACAUCGAUGCUGAGUUAAAGUUGGUCGAUUCUAUCAAGGCAGAACUUAUGCAGUCGAGUGGUAACUCGGAGCAGUUAGAGAAGACAACCAUGAAGAAACUUGGAUUGAAGAGAGCUAGACACUUUGGAUGGCCGAACACAUAUGUGUUCACGAAGGCUAUGGGCGAGAUGCUUGUUGGGCAGUUCAGGGGUGACCUUCCGGUUGUAGUUGUUCGUCCAAGUAUGGUAUCCAGCAUUUACCAUGAGCCACUACCUGGCUGGAUAGAAGGGACUAGGACAAUUGACUCUAUAAUUGCUGCUUACGCCAAGCAAGCCAUUCCAUGUUUCAUUGGCCAUGGUGAUAUCAUCCUUGAUGUGAUUCCCGGAGACAUGGUGGUGAAUGCAAUGGUGGUAGCCAUGGCCAUUCACUGGAGUGAGAAAGGCCAAGUUGUCAUCCAUGUGACCUCGUCCCGGCAAAAUCCGCUGUCUAUCUCUACUGCGUACGGCAUUAUGCACCGCUACUUUUCUACUAACCCACAGAUGGGAAACAAUGGGAGGGUCAUCAAAGCUAAAAGGUUACUCUUAUUCAAGAAAUUUGGAAGCUUCCGAACUUACAUGUUUCUUAAGUACAAGCUGCCUUCAGAGAUGUUGCAUAUGGUGAAUUCAUUGUUGGGUGGAUCUUUCUCCCGGUACUACAAUAAGUUCAACAGAAGCUAUAGUUAUUUUAUUCUUUUGGCGAAGUUAUAUGCACCGUAUUGUUUCUUCAAUGCCCGCUUCAACGACACAAACUUGGAAAGGCUGCAGACUGCAACAACUAGAGACAAGAGUGACGCCCAUGUGUUUGAUUUUGAUCCCAAGUCCAUUGACUGGGAUUAUUAUUUCUACAACAUCCACAUACCAGGCGUUUUAAUGUAUGCCAAGAAGAAGUAAUAUGCAGAUCCCUGUAGCAAAUCAAUAAACAAGCUAUAUGCCAGCUGAAGAAAGUAUCAUAUUAUACA